AUCACUAACGUUCUUUUAUCUUAGGGAAGUCGUGAAUGAAAUCUCCUCUUCAUCUUUUUUAAUGCCCGUUGUCAGCUCUAAGUUAAUUUCUUGCAAAAGCACUUGACCUCUUGUUAGUGAGUAUUUUUAUACUUUCUUUAUAAAAGCUAUUCAAGAAAAAUUGGAUUUUUAUAAUUUCUCUGUUUUCUAAUCCAUUCUUGUGUCUUGAAUAAUUUUCAAGUUUCUUCUUUUAACCUCCAUCUUUGCCCAUUCUUUUAUCACCUUCAAUGGGUGAGACAUGGAGAUUUGCAAUUCAUGUGAUAAGUGGACGAUGGUUUUCAGUUUUUGCCUCUUUCUUAAUCAUGGUUGGAGCUGGAUCGACUUAUAUAUUUGGAACCUAUUCAAAAGAUAUAAAAGCAACACUUGGGUAUGAUCAAUCAACACUCAAUCUUCUUGGCUUUUUUAAAGAAGUUGGUGGUACUUUUGGGGUUCCUUCUGGUUUAAUAGCAGAAGUAACGCCAACAUGGUUUAUGCUUCUUGUAGGAUCUGCAAUGAAUUUUAUUGGGUAUUUCAUGAUUUGGCUAGCUGUGACUAGAAAAAUAGCCAAACCUAAAAUUUGGCAAAUGUGUAUUUAUAUUUGUAUUGGAGCAAAUUCCCAGAAUUUUGCUAAUACAGGAGCUCUCGUUACUUGUGUGUUGAAUUUUCCAGAAAGUAGAGGUGUUGUGUUGGGUUUAUUGAAGGGUUAUGUUGGGUUAAGUGGAGCAAUAAUGACCCAAGUUUAUUUAGCCGUUUAUGGGAAUGAUUCCAAAGCUUUAAUUCUUUUAAUUGCUUGGCUACCAGCUGCUCUCUCUGUCAUUUUCGUGUUCACCAUCAGAAUAAUGAAGGCUGAGAGACAACCUAAUGAGCUAAAAAUUUUUUACCAAUUCCUUUAUGCCUCCAUUAUGCUAGCUUUAUUUCUUAUGGUCAUGAACAUACUUGAAAAGAAAGUAAAUUUCCCCAAAGGAGCGUAUGCUACAGUUACUUCAUUGAUCUGUGUUUUGCUUUUUGUACCUCUUUUAAUUGCUAUUAGAGAAGAAUGGGUUCAAUGGAAUAUCAAGAAACAGGAAGCAAUGAGGCCUCCUUGCGAAUUGACCACAGAGAAACCAUUAGAAGAGAGAGAUGAAUUAUCAGUGGAAACAAGAAUCUCAACAGAGGAAAAUAACAAGAUAUCAAAAUCUUGUUUCUUGACAGUAUUUGACAAGCCAGAAAGAGGUGAAGAUUACACAAUUUUACAAGCACUUUUGAGCAUUGACAUGUUGUUAUUAAUUUCUGCUACAUUUUGUUCACUUGGACCAACCUUAACAGCAGUUGACAAUUUAGGUCAAAUUGGUGAAUCACUUGGAUAUUCAACUGAAACAAUCAAUUCUUUUGUUUCCUUAGUAAGUAUAUGGAAUUAUUUUGGAAGGGUUUUUGCUGGUUUUGUAUCUGAAACCCUAAUUGUCAAAUACAAAACCCCUAGACCAUUAAUGAUGGUUGGUGUUCUACUUUUAUCCUCAAUAGGUUAUCUGAUCAUUGCCUUCCCUUUUCCUAAUUCAGUCUAUAUAGCUUCAGUGAUCAUAGGAUUUUCGUUUGGUGCACUAUAUGUUCUGUUUUAUGCAAUAAUUUCUGAGCUAUUUGGGUUAAAGUACUAUGCUACAUUGUUCAAUUGUGGACUAUUGGCAAGUCCACUUGGGUCAUAUAUCCUAAAUGUGAAGGUCACAGGAACUUUAUAUGAUAACGAGGCAUUGAGGCAGCUAAAAAAGAAGGGCUUGGAUAGAUCUUCAGUUCAGGAAUUGGUUUGCAUUGGAGUUGAAUGUUAUAGGAAACCAUUUAUAGUUUUGUGUUCUGUAGCUUUAUUUGGUGCUCUUGUUUCAUUUAUUUUGGUGGCGAGGACAAGAAAAUUUUAUAGUGGUGAUAUAUAUAAGUCCAGAGAGAGUUCAACAUAGCUGUUGAGGCCAGAACUAUACAUACUUGGCAUAAUUUGAUUAUGCAAUUAAGAGAAAAAUAUCAGGAUAAGUUUGAUUGGCAUAUGUGAGAUUAUUUUUAUCUCUUUAUAAUGUAAUUUUCAUGAAAAAUAAUAAACAAAAAAUUUAUAAUGAAA